AUGACUACGCUUGCUUUUAGGGCGAUACCAGCAGCACACAGAAACACAGAUAGAAUCACAGAUAUCGAAGAUGAAGAAAGCACGGACACAACAUCAUAUGUAGACACGGAUACAAGCAUCAGUGGCGAAGUAACUACAAACGGCACGGUUCCCUCGCCGCCACGCAGGUCCCUUGGAAGGGCGAUAAUGUUGGAGAUCUGGAAACAUACAUGUACUGCGCCUUCGAGGCUCCCUGGGGUGCACAUCUUCGCCCUUGAGGCUCCAUUGGCUCGUCGUGCGAGCCCUUUUGUCCCGCGAUGGCUGCCGUUGGGGCCUCCCAAGGUGGCUCCAAAGGAUGGCGGCUAUGGCUGGUAUUUCAGAAACUUCAACAUCACUGCGCCUUCGUUUGAUGCCCAUAACCCAUCCACCUACCUCGUCGACAGCGGCUUGUGGAACGCCUGCAAAGAGUCUCGCAAUCACAUGCUAGAGGCGUACGGAGUGAAACAUUGGAAGCGGCUGCGAACAGCAUAUCCUCAGAUCUUCUUCCAUCGCUUGGAGCGGCAGGCUUUGAUGGAGCUUCCGCUGGUUGUCUAUUUUCGGGACAGAGGAAUAGACCGCUACUUCAGCUUCUUCCCAAACAAGGACUUGAUCUAUUUGCAGACGAUAAAGAUUGAGCAUGUCAUCUGGUCCUGGAAGAUGCGCUUGGGGGGAGACCCAUGGACGCUCUGCUCUCUGCCAAACAUUGCGUUGGAAUUGAAUCCGGCCUAG